AGGGACCAAACGUUGUGGCUUUGUAUAACUUUGAAGUAGAAGACAGCGACGAUCUCGGUUUUAAAGAGGUGUGUGCUAUGUUUUCAUUGAAGUAUCUGUAUAUAAUUAUAUUGUAUUAUCAAUUUUGUAUAGUGUACUCAAGUAUAAGUAAUAGGAUGUUUUCAAGUCCAAUUUGGAUAAAACAUGCAUGAGUGAGUUUUCAAGAAACAAUGAACCAUUUGCAUUAUAGACUAAAUUUUGAUCUAAACAAGUCUAGACAAAACUUUCAACGCAUCACAAAAUUAGUAAUAUUCCAAAGUUUCGUUGCGAAAUGUUGUAAAAUGCGGAUAAUAUAGCCUUGGGAAGUUUGCCGUUUUUCCGUCAUUUUGUAUUGCGCACGGGAAAUUGACAGCCCAAUCGGGUGUUGGGGCAUCAAUUUCCCGUUUGUAAUACAAAAUGACUGAAAAUUGCAAAUUUCGCAAGGCUAUAUUAUCCGCAUUUUACAACAUUUCGCAACGAAACUUUGGAAUAUUACUAAUUUUGUGAUGCUCUUUCAAGCUGUGAUGAAAUUUUUGUCUAGAUCAAAAUUUAGUCUAUAAUGCAAAUGGUCCAUUGAACACUGAAGAAACAAUUAGAAAGACUGGACCUGAGUAUGCCACAAAUAAUUGUGGGAUAACACUGUUGCAGAACAAGAGACUACAUAACACAUUUUAAUUAACCACUGCUUGAGGGAAUUAACCAACGAAGACUGAGAGUUGAAAUAAAAUAUAAAAAAGGUACACAGUGCGUACAAGGUUAGGGACACAACUAACGGAGAAAUACAAGCAGAACUUCGAUGUUUCGAGGGACGGCCCAUCUUCGGAAAGUUAGUGGCAGGGGAUCGGGAAAAUUAUUGCCGUGCGAGAGUACUAAUUCCGCCCGGCUAUUUAUACACCCGGAGAAACGAAAGCAUUAGCGAAGUCUAAAGUUUAUCAAUGAUCGCUGGCGUGGGUGACCAACGAUGGGUGGUCAUCCUCACUGAACUCAUAAUAUAGCGGACUGUCACGAAUAGCCAACACUGAUUGGUCCAAUUUAAAAUUUGCGUUAUAACGCUGCAUGACGACAGCGAAAUAGCAAACAUUUCUUGAUUUGAUGAUUUCUUGCAAAUAUAUUUCAUUUUUGCGAGAUUUUGUAAAUUUCAAAAGCUUUUUGAUAAAAUAAAGGCGGAAGAAUUGCUAAAUAAAGGGAGCAAAGGCGCCGACGUUAACGAAGGUAAGUUUGUUUUAAAUAUUGAUGCAUUGUUUGCUUUUAAUAUAUUGUAAUUACUUUAAAAGCUGAUCAUUGCGUAUAUUAUAAAUAUGAAACAAGACAGCAUAUUAUUUUCGUUAAAUUUAUAAUUUCACUGUAGUUUAAUUUAAAUUCAAUCGUUUAGUGGGCUGCCUAUGAUUAUUUCAGUGUUUCUUUAUUGAUUACCCUUUUUAUUAUAAUAAGCAAAGUUAUUUGCAUGCGAGAAUUUGGAAUCAUUUUAUUUCGAACUCAAAGUUUACCGAUAAAGGCAGUUCAGUUCUAUAUUAAAAGAACCCUUUAAAACGUUUUGCGAAGCGUUUGUGGUUGAAUUUUUGCUUAAAUUGAAGCUUAUGAGCUUCAAUUAUAUAUAUAUAUAUAUAUAUAUAUAUAUAUAUAUAUAUAUAUAUAUAUAUAUAUAUAUAUAUAUAUAUAUAUAUAUAUAUAUAUAUAUAUAUAUAUAUAUAUAUAUAUAUAUAUAUAUAUAUUACGUAUAAUAACAUACCUAACAUAUAUAUGUUUGGGAAAUUGAUAAUUUUGUAAUUAAAAGUGAUAUUUUUAGGGACGAAAAAUUAUCGUGUUACCAUGAAAACUACGUACUUUGAAUACUUCACGUUCGGAAAAUAAAAUGGUUUUGUCAGCAAGGCGAGGGUUUCUGCAUGCAUGUAUUUUCUAGUAUACUAGCGAAUAUAAAAGCGAUUACCCCGCGCGACACCAGAAAAACCACUCAGAUUGAUUUAGUCAAAAUAAAGUGUAAACAUAAAAAGUAAAUCACAUUGCAAAUGUAUUGGCACAUGAAAUUGCACGGUUUGAGAGCUAUUCAUGAAAAAUCGCACAAUAUUGUCAAUUUUACACGAGCAACAAACGAUCGUGACGAGAAACAUUGUGUGAACGUAUCCAAGCAUGUACUGCCGCAAUAUGACCGUGCCUUUGUGUUUAAUUUUGAGAGCAAUUUUCUGACAUUAAUUUUCAAUUAAUACCUGUAAACACUGAAUAAUUUUUAUUCCAUCAUUCUCUUCUGCUCAAGAACUCAUUGCAAAAUGAGAGCUCAGGAAAUAUAAAUUUUUACGUUAUUUAUUUUGAUUUUGGGCUUAAAUUUCUGCACUCACAUUAGCGUACGAAAUGAACGCGAGGUCGUAUUCGUGCCGAUUAAUGAUUACUUGGCACGAUUUUUAACCAAUUAGAAUCGAGUAAAUCGACUAAAAUGAAAUUAAUAAAAAUACACUGAAAACUACAACAAAUACAAAUGAUAUAAUAGUAUGAGAUAAUUAUUGAAUAUAGUGAGAAUUUAAAGUAUUGUCAAGCUAAACGUGGCAAAAAGUUUAUUAGUAACAUUGGAAACGAGGCACAUUCCAUGUCUUUUGCGGCUAUUAUUGCUUCCAGAAAUAAAACAAAAGGCUAAUAUUUUCACAUAUGAAACACUCUGAUUGCUACUAUUAAAAUUUCUGGCUACAGGCUGGUUAGCAUCGUUGUCAAUGGCUGCACGCGGAUGCCCACCGAACCUCGUUAAUUUGGAAAAUUGAAUUUGGUAAAAUUGAAUUUGGCAAGAGCAUUAUACGUAUAUACUUUUUCUGGACAAUGCAUCUAGAUACGUGAUUGUAGUGACAUUUUUAAUAUUCAGACUGACAACGCGUUUUCAGUAAUUUAAGUAAUAAAAACAGCUGACCGAAUUUGAAAAUUGUGGAUCUAUUUUUAGUUAAGUUGUAAUUUUUUUGGAAUAAUACAUUAACGUUAUCCCGUGACUGCAUGCUUUUCAUUAUCUUUGUUUACCAGGGUGACAAGCUUACGAUUAUUGCAUGUAAAGGUGAAAAUUGGUACAUUGCAAAGGACAAAGACGGGUAAGAAUUGAAAUUGCAUUCUCUCAUCAUCGAAGUACAAGUGUAAAGUUUAACUUCUUGUUCUGCGUACAUUUUACAAACAAAUAUAUUUGUAUUAUUAUUUGUAACAACUGUUCCGUACGCGUGUUUUAAAUUAAACAACCUUUUCGUAGCGACAAAUUCAAACUAUCAGUUUAAAACACAGUUCAGUAUCUGCACAGCGUUUACACGAGAAUACAUGUUGUGACUCGCUCUUUCUUUAAAAAAAAAUUCUUUAAUUGUAUUGCAUUUCGUAGUUUUAGUCGACCAAUAAUGAAAGUUGUUCGUGCAGGUUGGUAGCGACCUUUGUGAGCCAGAGGACCCUGGCUUAAUGGUUUCAAACGAUCACGUUGCAAUGCUUAUAGAACAGUUAUCUCAAAUAGCGAACCAGCUUUUAAUAUGAAGUUUUAAAAAAUAUACCUCCUACUUUUAUAGGAGGACAGGGGAUAUUCCAGUAAAUUAUGUGAGCCAAUUGCAAACAGGUGUCUUAGGAACCAAUUUGUAAGUUUCUAGCUUAGUUUACUAUUUUUACUUUAUACAUAUACCCGUUCUCAGAAUGUACUGUGCGCUCGUUGCCCUUGACAUGCACAUUUUGUAUUUUCAGUUGGUUUGUUGGUGAAAUCAUGGGACGUGCCACUGAAAAGAUAUUGCUAAAGAAGGUAAUUCCCUGCAUUUUUCAAACGCUAUAUCAAAUAUGACCACACUGAAUCCAACGGCGUUGCAACCGGAGGUGUGUGUAACACUACCCACCCCGAUAUUUUUGUUUUUGAAUAAUUUCUUGGACCGAUUGUAUCAAAACACAGUUAAAGUUUACCAUAUAUAGUUGAUUUUAACUGCUGCAGUUAAACACUUAACUGUAAUUAUAUUAGUUAUUAAUUAGUCGGAGAAAAUGUAAUUAGCCGGAUAGUUAACUAAUCACGUUCUAACUUCACGUGAGGUUCCAGUGGGUGCCUAAACCCAAAAUUGCACUAGAAAUACAUGAAUGCUAUGACCCCUAAUUUUGGUGGCAAAACGACUAUAUUUUCCAAACAUGAAGUAUCUAAAGUGGUGGUCAUGGUUACACGAUUAAUAAAAAAACCCGCAAAAGGUACUUUUAAUUACAAAAUUAUCAAUUUCGCAAAUGUAUAUGUUAGGUGUGUUAUUAUGCGUAAAAUAAGCUUCGAUUUAAUGUAAAUUUCAACAACAUAUUCAUAAACCUAAGCCGCUUUUUACGGUAAACUUUGUGAGCUUAAAAUAAAAUUAUUUCAAAUUAUACAAUUCUCGCAUGAAAAUAACUUUGCUCUCCUAUUUAUGUAAAUGACAUCGGCAAUGGACUUUUUUAUUGCCUUGUUGCGUUCUCUCUUAGUCAGGAUAUGUAUUUCAUUUGCGAUGAAAAUAUCCUAAUUUGUAGUAAAGAACGAAUGAAUUUGUCCUAAACUGGAUAUCGCCCGCCAUUUUGAAAGUUUUAUUUCAUGUAAUUUGAAGCCCCUGACGUCCUUGGCAGGGGAGAGGCAAAACAGCUACGUUGUCGCUGUUUUUGAUCAGUUUCAACUUUUGUGAAGAAUUUUCGCCGGAUCUAGGCUUUCUAUAUGGGCGAAAUUCACGAGAACUGGUUAGGUGAAGUGUUACCGUAUCAGUCUGAACCUGUUUUAAACGAAAAUAGUUGA